AACUAGGUGGGCCUUCAACCACAAAUGUUCACAACGUGAGGCGUCUACCGGUUGAGAAAAGCCCAUGGCGGGUUCCGACUGGGCAGACGAAUGGCAGCUCGUCAACGACGAUGGCUUCAUCUACAAACGCCCGAAUAAGCGCCCCCGUCUCGAUCCCCAAACUCCGUCCUCUUCCUCUUCUCCCGCUUCCUCCUCCUCCUCCCAUCCACUGCGUCAUGACUACGCGGCGGAGGAGAAGAAGAUUCUCCGGGAACGGAAGAGGGCCGCACUCCUCAAUCUCAAAAACAAGUAUCAAACGGAGAUUCGCAUGUGGGAGCAAUUAUCGAACACCUUGAAUGCGACGUGCGAGAAAGCCUCCGCCCAUCAACAGAUUCAACAAGGGGAUCCGGUAUCAUCAUCUGACCUAGUCGCCGGAACCUCCGAACCGCCGGCGGAUAACUCCUCCCGGCGAAUCAUUGACGACCUCCUUUCUAAGGCGGAAAUUCAAGGAGCCAUGAUUGCGGAUAUCUCUAAAUUAUGCGAUAAUGCUGAAGUCUUGUGCAGGUUUCAAGAAGAAAGGCUUAAGAAACGGUUUCUGGACCUUCCAAUUUGGGAAAAAUCUCCACACAGACUCAUUUCUUCACUGUCCCAAGAUUGAGCCCAUUUUCUAGGGUUUUGUCUGAUGAAUGUUAAAAAUCAUUUGACCCUGUUUCAAUCCGUGUCAAUAUUUCACCAACUGCUGCUAGAAUUUAGCUUCGUAUUUCUGGUUUGAACAUUUGUUCUUAGCUGUAUUGAUUGCAGAACUAGCAUGAAAGGGAAUCUUGAAAGUGAGCUCUUGCAACCAUUAAUGGUGGGACUCUACUCUGGACACUCUUCUCAAUGGUGAUGUUCUGUGCGCCGGGUUUUCCUUUUGUCAAACUAGGAUCAGCUUAAAUGUAUGCUUUUUUCAAGGCCGACGUGUCCGAACGGUUCAUUUUACUAACAAGUGUGUGUUUCUUUGCUUGAUUCAUGGCUUGUAUUUGGAUUCUUUCAACUCAAGUAUGCAUUUGAGUGUAUUGAGUAAUUGGAUAGACAGCUUUGAAUAUUGUGGUAAUGGCAUGAGCUGAUUGAAGCAGGUUUCAAGAAGAAAGGCUUUGAAUAUUGUGGUAAUGCCAGUCGAUAUGUAUGUUUUUGCCUGUAAGCUUCUCUUUGCUUGUUUAAUGAUGGCAAUCUCAUCAGGUCUUAAACUGCUGUCCUAGAUGCCAUAUCUUUUGGCAUUUGUAAUCCUAUUUGUCUAUUGUGUCCUUAUGUCAAGACUGGAUUUGAGGUUGUUUUCAGAGCAAUUACAGCUUGUCUCAACCCAUCAAGUUUGGAAAUGGUUGUUCCAAUUCAGACUUGGGCAUAACAGUGACACCAGAAUUGGUGUAAAUGUUACGGAGUAUAUUUCAUUAAAUUUAUCACCUGCUCUUGGUCAGCUUAAGAGUAUAUUGUUAGUGAGGGGAUGAGAGAAGAGGUUAGCAAGACAAGAAAAAUGACCCACUAGCACUUGCCUGUUAAGCUUAGCCCAAAGACAAUAUUACAAACUUCCGAGGCGCAAUACAAAGUUCUCAACAACAAUAACAAACCCAGUAAAAUCUCACUAGAAGU